GUCCAACUGGCCCGUGUGUAGUGUGUGUGCUCUCUAUCACUAGCCCCGUAGCGGCAGCUUGGCCAGUAAACUUACCGACCUCAAUCAUGGAAUUGAAAGCCAUCGGUGUACUAAUGACCUACCCCAUGUCUUCUUACCUCGAACAAGAACUCGAUAAGCGAUUCAAUCUCUUCCGCUUGUGGAAUCUCCCUCAGAAAAACGACCUUUUCAAGGAGAACUCCGGUUCCAUUCGGGCCGUCGUCGGAAACACCAAAGUUGGCGCCGACCGAGAAUUGAUUGACUCGUUACCGGCUCUGGAGAUUGUAUCCAGUUUUAGUGUAGGGUUAGACAAGGUGGAUUUAGUGCAUUGUAAGGAGAAAGGGAUUAGGGUUACUAAUACACCCGAUGUGUUGACCGAAGAUGUGGCCGAUUUGGCGAUUGCAUUGAUGUUGGCAACGUUGAGAGGGAUUUGUGAGUGCGAUCGUUAUGUUAGAGGUGGAUUAUGGAAGAAAAGCGACUUCAAAUUGACUACUAAGUUCAGUGGCAAAAAGGUGGGAAUCAUAGGUCUAGGCAGAAUAGGGACAGCAAUUGCAAAGAGGGCUGAAGCAUUCAACUGUCCAAUAAGUUACUAUUCAAGAUCACAGAAACCAGAAUCAAAAUACAAAUACUUUCCCAGUGUAGUUGAAUUAGCUUCUCACUGUGACAUCCUUGUUGUGGCGUGUGCACUAACCGAAGAAACUUGCCACAUCAUCAACCGCCAAGUCAUCGAUGCACUGGGUCCCAAGGGUUUUCUCAUCAACAUUGGGAGGGGUCCACACAUUGAUGAACCUGAACUGGUAUCCGCCCUUAUUGAAAGGUGGAUAGCAGGUGCAGGUCUUGAUGUGUUUGAGAAUGAACCACAUGUCCCUGAAGAACUUUUUGGUCUUGAUAAUGUAGUACUCGUGCCUCAUAUUGGGAGUGACACUGUUGAGACUGUAAAAGCCAUGGCUGAUCUUGUGGUAGGGAACCUAGAGGCUCAUUUUUCCAAGAAGCCAUUGUUAACUCCAGUGUUUAUAGAUUAGAAAGCUACAACUAGGAUCUCACACAUGACACAACUUUCAAUGAUUUUCAUCUGUUAUGUAGUUAAACUACAUUUUUAAGUUUAAGAGAUGAAAUUGUAAUCUAUGUGGUGUUCACACAUCUACAUGGAUCAUCAAUGUCUUACCAUGUCUUUGAGAG